CUCGCACGCAGGUUGCUAUGAAGAAAGUACGGACAAUAUUUUUGACGGACAAGUAAACCGGAAGUUAUCUCUGCGGACUCGCUCCGGCUGGCUCUCUGCGAUUUGUUCAACAUGUCUGCUAAAUUAAACGCGUUGCAUAGCGACUCUUAUGUUGAUAUCAGUCAAUACAGAGACCAACAUUUUAAGGGUAACCGCUAUGAACAGGAGAAGCUGCUGAAGCAAAGCCACACUUUGUAUGUUGGGAAUCUCUCCUUCUACUCCACAGAGGACCAGGUACACGAUAUCUUCUCUAAAGGUGGAGACGUCAAGCGCAUCAUCAUUGGUCUGGAUAAAGUGAAAAAGACAGCCUGUGGAUUCUGCUUUGUAGAAUACUACACUCGGACAGGAGCAGAAAACGCCAUGCGCUUCAUUAACGGCACACGGCUGGACGACCGUAUCAUCAGGACAGACUGGGACGCCGGCUUCAAGGAGGGACGGCAGUACGGCCGCGGCAAGUCUGGAGGACAGGUGAGAGAUGAGUACAGGCAGGACUACGAUCCGGCCAGAGGCGGCUACGGUAAGCUGGCUUCGCAACAUCGAGGCGCGGAGGUUCAGAAUAGUUUUUAACUGAACCCCACUGCAGGUGUCCCCCCUCUCAGUCCUGGACCAGAACCACAUCAUGCUACCACAGACAGUUAGUCGCUGUGUAACCAAUACAGCUCUACAGCUGGUCUGCACGGACCACUGGAGCCUGGAAAAUAGCAGCUUUUAUUUAUUUUUUCUCUGUCUUUCAUACCGGCUAACAGUUUACAAGUUAUCACAAGCCAAACUCCAAACUCACGGUGUUUUUAUUUGUGCAUUGACAUACCCGCAACUCCCUUUCAGGCUGGGAGAGGCUCUGAUGAUAUGUGGUGACUGAGUUGAUGAUGUGUCAAAUAACAAGACUGUUUAAGGAUGUUGUUGUGUCUCAACGUUGGGUUAAAGGUAAUCCUCUGAACGAAUAGAAAGGAUGCAUUCUGUUAUCUUAACUGGUUUCCACAAAUGAAACUUGGUGUCCCAAAUUGGGUAUGCUUUUUUUAAAUAAAGAUUUUCAUUUUUGAUGA